AUGACAUCCUCCGAACUACCUGAGCAGGAACUCUAUAAAGGCAGAUAUGGAGACCUGAACCCUCACACUGUCGGCGAUGUAUUGCAACGCCUUUCUGAUCGACCCAGACAGAAGUACAGCGAAGAUUUGGAUCUCUGUCUUUCAGUGAUUCAUGCACAUAUUGCCGAGUUACGUGCGAAGCUUGUGCAGCAGCUAAAAUCAUUGGAGCAAAUGGUACUGCCUCGAUUGGGAUUGACAAGUACAGGGAGUCGCUAUAUCAGAGAUCUACCCCGACAUCAUCUGACUUCUUAUCAUGGCCUGUGGGCUAUUCGCAGCCAUCUUAGAUCAGAAGCAGAAUGCUCUACUACUUGGCCGGCGUUUGUCGAGAAGUUGCGCGGAUGCAUUGAACAAGCUAUUAUAUAUGCAGAACGGCUUCACUCCGAGCUGUGUCAAAUUUCAGACAAGCCGCCAUGUUGGAUAGAACUUCAAGAGAAUAUUCUUUCACUUGUCGGCACCCUCAAAGAUAUCCCAGGGGUUGUGCACGAGACGGAGGCGGAGAUUUCAGCCGUUGAUGCGGAAAAUGAGAAGCUCAACCAAAGCCAGGCACCGUCGAAGGCACAUUCCAACACUGCUGACUCUCUGAGUAGCAAAGCGAAGAUAUCAGCAAGGUCAAGAGAGUGGAACUUGGAGGGGGCAGUCACACGUUUAAAAUCAGCUGCACGGGGCGCGCUGCGCAAAGCCAUUACACGUCUUCAUUCUUUCUCGUACGGGCUCGGAGAUCGACAGAGUGCUUACAGGAUUGUCUCCUUCUUCGCCAUUGUCGGCCUGGCCUCGACCAUAUUGUCUAUAUGGAAGUGCACUCCCUCGGCGAUAUCAGUUCAGCUUGACAGCAAUUUCUGGUCCACAUUAGGCCAAACCGUCGUUAGCUUUGCGGGACUGUACACCAUCAUAUUACCCAUACUUCGAAAGGCAGACUUCUACGUCAGCAACAAAGUCGCAUUUUACAGUAUGAUGGUUUCCAGCCUGGUCACUGCAGCGUUGGGGAUCAUUGUUUACCACUUUCAAACCCGCACGAGCUUGGUUCUCAACUUCCUGUCCAGUAUUGCACAACUAUUUGCUACAUUGCAUCUGGUUGACAGUGCAGGGGACCGGCUUACCGGCCUGCACAGGGAGAUCAGCGGUCAACAAUCCGAGAUUGAUAUGCUUCGAAGGGAGAUCUUCGACUUGAGAGCAGCCUUAGACGACGAAAGCGCAGCCCGCUAG